AUGACUGAAGAGUUACAAAAGGCAGGACUAUUUAUUGAUGAUAUUUAUAGAUUACGGGUGCAAGAUCCCCGCAUUGCCACCGAAACUAAUGAACUGAGAGAAGAAUGUUUGGAGUAUGCCGAAAAAUUGGAUGAGUUUAAGAAGUUGGCCAUUGAAUUUCAUAAAAUUGUCAAUAAUUAUGGCAAAGAUGUGGAAAAGGAAAAGUUAAGAGCUAUUGGCACGCAAAAUAUGUUGAAAACUAUGGCCAAACAAAGACAGUCAGAACAGCAGUUGUAUCAGAGUAAAAUCCAUGAAAAGAAUUUAGAAUUGGAGCGUUUGAAAAGUGAAUAUCAGUAUUUACAGCGCAUUGAAUCCGAACAACAGGAACUUAUAAAUAACUUUUUGAUGAAUCAAUAAAAAAAAUGUGUGUAAAUGACUUAAA